AUGCACCUGACGCUAGCUUUAUUGGUGAUUAGCAUCGGUAUAGCUGAAGGUCAGAAGGCUUCUUGCGAGAAUGGUGGUUUUCUGAUAAAUGAUACGGAAUGCAAUUGUCCUUCAUUUUGGACCGGGAAACAAUGUGAACAAAGAUUAUGCAUAAAUGGAGGAUACGCCACCAGCGAUAAAUAUUGCGUUUGUCCACCCGGCUAUAAAGGGAUCGCCUGCGAAGCUGCUCUCGCCGCUCCAUCGCCCAGUUCAACUUUCGAGCUGCAAGACUCGUUUAAUCUCAUCAUUUUCAACUCGUUCACCGAUUAUUGGGGAAUGAAAUCAAUCAACAAAAUAAUUGGAUCAAUUCAAACAGUGCUCAGUGGUUCGAAAGAUUUUCAAAGUUACAACUACGUCGAGAAUUAUAUUCCUCCUGAUGAUUAUGCCUUGCUUGUUCACAAGAAUGACACCCCAUUUGAGAGGAAUAAUCUCAUUCCUGCAAUCAAUAGUAACCAGAAUUUGAUCGACUAUUUAAAUAAGAUCUUUGUCCCCAUCAAAACACAACGAUAUUCAUGUUUCACCCUUGAUGGUUUCUAUCAACAAAUUUCUACACUCAUUCGAGACAAAAAACUUCAACGUACAACGAUCACUGUUGUAACGCAAAAUCCGCCCACUGCAUCAACAAAUGGAGAGUAUGAAGAGCUUGUCUUCUUGGCGAAUGCUCAUCAAGUCAAGAUCAAUGUUGUUAUGAUUGAAGAUCCGACUUUUAUGAGAUGCGAUCACGCGGGUGGUUUCACGAGAUCGAUCUGGAGUCUACCUCGUCAAACAAAUGGCCACACAGCCGUCAUUCAAUACGAUGACAGUUCCACUGAUACUUCGCUUAUCACAAAUCUCUUUUCUCUACAAAGUGGAUACGAGAAAGCUUUUCUAAUGGAUUUGGAUCAAGAAACGAAUAAAGACCAAGAGAUUUUACUUGUCGUUCAUGCUUCCAAAGUUGAUGGGUUUAAAGAUUGGAAACAGGGUGAUCCAAUCCUAACCUCAGUUGCUCCAACUUGGGAUUUCUCCGAUUCCAGCUCCUCAACGUUCAAAGAUCUCUGGGUUUUCAAUCUUACCACGAAACUAAAGUUUGGUGUAAACGUGACGACAGAAGAUGAUGUGCCUUGUUCUUUAAAAGCAUAUCGAAAAAAAGCUGAUAUCGGCUCAAUCGAAGCCCUUUCCUCAUUCGUUGUUCAAUUAAAUCUUGACUCGGCUCAAACUGCACCAGAAGCUGGAAAAGAUACCUAUUUGACUCUUCACUUAAAUACAGAAUUAGAUCUGACAACAGCCAGCGUAAACAUCACUCCGGUAAACUCAGUGAAUCGAACAAGUGAUCCAAUUAAUCUUACUCGCCGACCAACCACUUUUGAAUGGAUUAGCAGCAAGCCAUUUAAAUGCAUUGAUGCUACUUGGAGCUCUAUUCAGGUACGAAUUGACACGAUCGACAAUCAGACUUAUUAUCGCACGAUUCCUCAUUUAUGCUAUACUUAUCUUGCACCCACCAAACAGCCAAAAGUACUAGCUGUAGAAGAUUUGGAUAAUUGCAAGGGAGAUAUUUUCUUGCCAACUGAUCCACCAAAAUGUUUUGUCGAUCAAACAAAGAGAAAUAACACAAAAGAAAACAUCUUCGUCUUUGGCUUAUCAAAUACGGAAACAAACCAAUUUGUGAUUGAUCCGGAGUAUUCACUUCCGUCUUUGAAUGGUUUCUCGCGAAUCAAACUCAUCAUGUGGGAUAAGUCUACAAUUGUCGAUGAUGCUGAAGCGACCACAGCGCUUGCUGCACAAACACUUCUUUACACCACGUUCAAACUUGAUCCGGCUAACCAAAUUGAUCCCGUCAAAGACACACAACUGUUCGACAAAUUGACGGAUCUUGCCAAUGAUCUUAAAGAAGAGGAGAAUGCUUUAAUCUGGUUACUGCUUGGUGAUCGAUUGCCACCAUCUAAUGCUUUUGAUAACUUCAAGAAAACAAUCGCUCAUCGGAUUUUUGUCAAUCAAGGACAUCGAGUUUUUGCUUUUAUGGACUCAAAUUUGAGAAGAAAUGAUCUUUCCACAUGGGAUGUGAAUGCUAUAAACAGUCUUGCUGGCACAACAAACGGUCACUUCAUCACGAUUGAUAAAAGUGCUUAUGGCAGUGAUGGCAGUACCUUUUCAAACAUCAGCAAUUACUUCUAUAACAAUAUCGUGAAUCGCCGAUUGUUAUUAGCAGCUAAUUUUAAAGACUCUACACAAGUAACAUUCCCAACGUUGAAGCUUGCCACAGAACAAAACAAUAUCAUCGUCACAGCGACUCUGACAAUGACAAAAAAUGGUGUCUCCUGCCUAGAUCCGCCGGUGAUCGUCGUUGGUAAGGGACCAGCAAUUCGCCUUCAACAACAAAGCAACUCUAACUUGUGGUUGGGUCAAGGAGAUUUCCCGGUCGAGACAUACAAUAUGCGUCUCGCCGGCUUUUGCGUAGAUUCGGUUACUGGAACACCAGUCGGAAUGCACAUUCGCUUCUGGACAGAACCACAAGCUGUUUCUGUACAAUAUGCUGAUCUAGGGAUGGCAAUUUGGAGUAAUUUUUCUUUGCCAAGCAAUGACCAAGGCUUUGCUGCUCGACUUGCAAUCCCAGUCAAGAGUGACACUCUUACAUCUACAAAGGCUACUGUUUCAAUUUUGCAAUGCGAUGGGACACCAAAGAAAUUCUAUGGUCAAACGCAGGAGGCUAUUUCACUGGAUGUUUCGGUCGAUAAGAACGAGUGCACCAAUUCGUAUUUCUAUCCAUAUUUCUGUCAAUCACAAUCUCCAAGCGGAUGUCCAGCCGACUUUGACGGCAUUCACUAUGCUCAAUUUACUAUAAAUGCAAAUGGAAACACCACUCAUUUCACAAGACCAUUUGUUUGUGUUGACUCUGGUAUAGCACCUGUCUCAAUUUGCCAAACAGUUGAUCGAUUCGGAAACAACGUUUGUGGCGGUACCACAGCACCGUAUUUCCGAGGCCCUACCGGUAAAUUGGUCGAUUGUUCAAACAAUGGAGAAAACUUUUACAAACCGACGAGCGAUCCACUCGCCUAUCAGUGCUGUUGUAGUAAAGAAUUUACGGGAGACUCUUGUCAAGAUGGAAAAUGCUUGGAGCCAAACACGCGUGGUGGUGCCGUUGAUACAGCAUAUCGAACGUUCAAUGUCGUUUUUGGAUAUGGAAAGAAUUCCGUACCCGCGUUUGUUGACACAGCUAGCAUUCUGCCCAACGCUGCAAUCCCUGGAGUCUGGCUCUAUCAAGCGUUCACAGAAUUAGUCGGAAGAGGAGUCGUUCCCAUUUAUAUUGGACCGGACUUUGACGCUUUCAAGGCGGCGAUACAGAACAUGCCAUUUGAACCAUUGAACACCAAUGACACUUUUAUCCUCCAGAACACCCUUAAACAGGUAACGGCUUCAUUGGGCCCAUCACCCUCCCGGGGUCUCACCGUUAUUCACUAUUAUAUUGAUCCUACAGCUUAUGACAAUGAUAAUGAAGUAAAUGCUCAAGUGUCAGCCACGGUCGAUGAUAGUGACCCAAGACAAGUCGAAAUUUUGUAUAAAAAAUUGCAAUUGAUGAACCAACAGGUUCUCGUGCUUACAAACUUUGACGUUGACCUCGAUGGAAAUCGGGCUUAUGGGCAAAACGAUGUCCUGGCUCAGGCGGCACUUUCGACUGGUGGAAUGUCGUUUAUGGUAACUAAAGAAGAUUACUCCUUUAACACUUUGAAAGAGAAUUUGACUACUUUCUUCUACAAAGAUGGUCCAGCUUUCACGGUCAAUCAAAAGAAAAUGGCUGGAGGGGAAACAUUCAGUUUCUAUAUUGGUUCAGAUGCAUCAUCCGUGCUUUCUUGGAGCGCAACACAAAAUUAUGCCCUUGCUUUAUUCGAGAAUAGUGCUUGUUCUGGUGACAGACUUCAAAACUUUUCUGACAUCAUCGGCACGUAUCUAUUGAAAGAAGGAAACACUUAUUGUCUUCAAACGGUGAACGAGGCGGUGGUGUCGAUUUUUGCAAAAGAUAACGGUUAUGGAUUGGCGACAGGUUUCGUGCAAAAAUGGAGCGAUGAUCAAACAAACGCAGUCGCGACAGUCACAACUGCUAUCGGCCCGUCAUUGAUGGUUUAUACAAAUCCAGAUUAUGAUUUUGCCAAUGCGGAUCCCGCGACUAGAGAGUCGAAACGGACGAGCUGCACGUAUCAGAAAGUCACCUAUUCGCUCAAGAAAAGCGACAGACCUGGCUACAACACUAUUUUGCUGAAUAUUCUCAAUAAAGAUAAAGAUGUAGUGGAUACUCGAAUGGUUCCGUUUGCAGUGACGGCUUCAAUCGAUUGCAUGAAUGGUGGUGUUUUUGAUGGAGAUGUUGGUGCUUGUCAAUGUCCAAAGGAAUGGGCUGGUAUCGAUUGCUCAAUUCCGCAAUGUUUCGGUGGCAUAAAUGGAACCUGGGGCACUACUUGCAACUGUGUGGGAUUCGCGUCAACAUGUGAUCAACCAUGGAAAGCCCUUCAGCUAACCACACUCUAC